CUUCUCUUUGGUCUUCCUCUUGCAUGGACAUAUCCUGGAUACAUGUAUUCCGAAGGUAGAGGGCGCCUCCCUGUGGACAAAAUGGGUAGCGCAGAGAUCUCUGAUUGGUUGAAGGAAAAAAAUGACGUUUAAGUGCGGGAAGCUUUGUUCCACUUGGGUGGUCCGGACGUGUAAACGCAAUUACGCCACUUAUUACUUCAUAAAUAAACUGUCUAAAUAACCACAUAUCAACUUAAACUGCGACAAAGUUGUUUGUGUACACUAAAAGGGGCAUUCAAAAGUGCCUAAAUGUAAGUUUGCCUUAGCAUAUGCUAGUGCAGUUUAUUACACUGCAAAUCUUAAAAUGGCGGAAUGUUUUAAAGACGCCUAAAAGCGAUAAGCAAAGGCGACCACCCACGCGCCGUGUGUAUGUGUGGGUAAAAAAAAAAAAAAAAAAAAGAGGGAAGGCGUCCGCCGGGGGAAAAGGGAGGUGAAGUCGGGGUGGGAGGAGGACGCCAUUGCCGCCGCAGCUGUUGGGGGAUUCGGCGGCUUGAGCGCGGACGCUAGCCCGACUCGAAGACGCCUGUGUCGGCGAAAAAAGUGCUCGAGCGGAGCCUCGGCCACCGACGGGGAUGAGGACGAGUAGAAAGUGCGGUUCCCUUGAGCCGGGGGGGGGAAUGCGGAGGGACGCCGUCGAAGAAGAAAAUCAGGUAAAGUAGGGGAUGAAGAAGAAGAAGAGGAGGAGGAUGAGGAGGAGACAAAAGGGAAGAAAGUUGCUCAACUAAGUUAGCGCACUAACUGGCUAGCCUAGCUGCUAGUAAGCUCUUCGAACGAAGUGCUUUUUCGCAAGUCCAAACCACUCGCGGGGCUAAAUGUAUUCACAUGUCAUAGCAAUUCUAACACAAACAUCCUUUCCACUAACACUUUCUCCUUCUUGAACUAAACGCGCCACCGCUUGCAACUAACAUUUACUCACGGAGUCUACGCUUAAAAAGUCGACACCGCUCUUUCAACGGUUCACCGAGUGAAACUCACAAUAGUUCUUUUGCAGCAGCUUUCAGUGGUUUUGGUUCGAAGAACGAUGCCGCUAACUUUAUUCAUCCCUCACUUAUUUGCCUCUUAAUGACGUCACUCGAGUUGGAACUCGCAUGAAGCACUGAAGCGAGCGUGUCAAAUGUUCCCAUUCUUAAAAGGAGUUUACGUUAACGCUUACAGAUGUAUUUAUUUUGGAUAUUUUAUUUGUUGAACCGUGGGAAAUAUGGAAAUGUGCUCCAUCUUAUCAAAAAGUGACAAAUGUGAUGUCUAAAAGAAUGUUAGAGAAAUGUAUUGGAAAAAAAAAAAGAUUUGUUGAAAUGUAUGAAAAGCUACGUGAGCAUUUUAUGGAAAAGGUGUCAGUGUUUGUACCUUUAAGUUGCCCUUCUCUGUCUGCUAUUCCAGUGGGCCGUCCACUCGGCAUGAACACCAGUCGCAACUGCACCCUGCUGGGGAGCGGCGGCGGGCUGGCCGCGCUGGAGUCCGUCUCCAUCGUGACCAUCACCCUGCUGGCCUGCCUGGGCAACCUCCUGAUCGUGGCCACGCUCUACCGCCGCCCCUACCUACUGACACCAAGCAACAAGUUUGUGUUCAGCCUGACUCUGUCCAACCUGCUGCUGUCUGCCCUGGUCCUUCCCUUCGUGGCCGUCAGCUCGGCCAAGAGGGAGUGGGUCUUCGGCGUGGUGUGGUGCAACUUCACCGCCCUGCUCUACCUGCUCAUCAGCUCGGCCAGCGUGCUCACCCUGGGAGCCAUCGCUAUCGACAGGUACUACGCAGUGCUCUACCCGAUGAUCUACCCAAUGAAGAUCACAGGGAACCGGGCCGUGGUGGUCAUCGCCUACGUGUGGUUGCACUCCCUGGUGGGCUGCCUGCCCCCCCUGUUUGGUUGGUCCUCUUUUGAGUUCGAUUGCUUCAAGUGGACCUGCGUGGCGUCGUGGCACCGCGAGCCGGCCUACACGGCCUUCUGGGUGGCUUGGUGCAUCCUGCCGCCCUUCCUGGUCAUGCUGGCGUGCUACGGCGUCAUUUUCCGCGUGGCCCGCGUCAAAGCUCGUAAGGUGCACUGCGGAACAGUGGUUGUGUCCCAGGAGGAGGGCGGUGGCUCACAGAGGAACGGACGCAAGAACUCGAGCACAUCCACGUCAUCCAGCGGCAGCAGGCGGAGCUUGGUGUACUCGGGGAGCCAGUGCAAAGCCUUCGUCACCAUCCUGGUCGUGAUCGGGACUUUCCUCAUGACCUGGGGGCCCUAUGUGGGCGUGGUUUGUACAGAGGCCCUGUUCGGACAGGGGAGCGUCUCCCACGGGCUGGAGACUCUGGUGGCGUGGCUGUCCUUCUGCAGCGCCGUGUGCCACCCGCUCAUCUACGGUCUUUGGAACAAGACGGUGAGGAAGGAGCUUCUGGGGAUGUGCUUCGGUGAUCGUUACUACAGAGAGUCCUUUGCCACACGGCACAGGACUUCGCGCCUCUUCAGCAUCUCUAACAGGAUAACAGACUUGGGGAUGUCACCCCACCUAACGGCCAUGUUGGCCGGCGGAGGGCAGCUGCUGGCCCCGGGGAGCAGCACUGGAGACACGGGCUUCAGUUUCACUCAGGACUCGUGCACAGAUGUGAUGCUGCUGGACAACUUUUCCACUGAUGGCUCAUCCCAGCCACAUUAUCCCUUCCAUCCAUCUGGGAAGAGGAGGAGCUCUGUUACCUUUGAAGACCAGGUGGAGCAUUCUAAAGCUGAGCACAUGGCGUCAGUGCAGGUCCACGCCGAAGUCCACGAGUCCCUGGACACCUUCGCCUCCUGCCUGGCCAAAGCCAUAGAGAGCGACGCCAAACUCACCCUCUUCGGGGACAUUACGGCCCUUCCGGCGGGGCUCUUCACGGCCCGGCCGGCACCCAGGCCCAGAUACCCGGACGGUCAAAGACUGAGGCUAGAAAGCAUCGACGAAGGCAUCGUCAAGGACAACAAUGACGAGCAGGACUCUGAGAUGAUGCCGGCCUGAGGUCGGCCGGUCCGCCGGCAUUUCUUCCACGUCGAUUAUUCAGACUCUGAACACCUGUUACACUUUGUCGUGACAGACUGAGAAGACAAAAGGGUGCACAUUCUUCAUUCCUACAUUCACAUAGGAAAACCUCAACCACUGCAACCUUAUUGCUGCUUUUCCAGCUCUCUCUCUCUCCCGCUCUAUUGUUUAGGCCAGCCUGUAAGGAGGUCUUUUAUCCAAGAGGAGAAUCAGGGCAGCAAGAAAACCGGCUGCUGCAGUAAAGUGAAGAUUGUGGCGUACGCAGAGGUGACCACAAAUCGACUCGACCAAUGAGUGACGAGCAGGGGUUUGCAUCACCCAUAUUGUAUAUCAAGAUGAGCCCAACUCACUGAGCACUGGCUAUAGUGCCGAAUUUUGUCAAUGGAAAAGUUUCAAGAACGAGUAGAGCUGAGCCAAGUAGGUACCGUGCAGUAAACGGGGGAAUACAUUUAUUUUAGUACUGUAGUCCGUUUACUAAUAUUAAACAUUGUUCGAUUUCCACAAUGGCAGAACUGGAAGCAGGACAAAUAGUUAUCACCCAAAUAGCUUGCUUGAUAAUACUAGUCUGUUUGUAAUUGACAUUUCUGUCAAAUCUCUGCCAAAGAGCAAAAACACACUUGUGGAGUUAAUACUUUAAAUGCAAACUGAGCUGAAGUCUUUUGUUUGAUUUUUGAGGCAUAGACUUCCAAAUUGUUCCAAAAGUCUUGGGGCAUUCCACUUUAGAUGUUCCACUCUGCCAGGUUGUAGUGUGUGCAAACUGUCAAAUGACAAUGUGCAAGAUGCACAUUUUGUGUGUGUAGUGCGUGCGUGCACGUUUUUUAACCUGACGCCAGAGUUCCAAAUGGAACUGUGAGAGGAUGUUGUGUAAAGCAUUUAAAUAAGCACAUUGAUGGCGCUUCACUCUUACCUCGUAUGUGAUCUUUUGAAUGGUACUACUUUUUUUUUUUUUUUACAAGGACAGUGAGAUGUAACCUUUAAUUUUCACCACAUUGUAACUAAAACUUGUAUUGAGUUUCUAUAAAACGUUUUGUACAAAAGUG